AUGGGCAACGAGAUCAGCGCCGAUGACACCCCGGUACCUCCGCACCUUUUGCCCCCGGUUCAGGAACCCGAUCUCCGGCGGCUGAGCGACGAAGACCGCAGGAAUAUCUGCGCUGUCAUGUCGGCAGGCAGGCACGUCUCCGGGAGCCGUGCGCGCUCCGGGUGUAAAUGCACUGUUCCCCAGACCGCUCGGCCCGUUGCCCCGCGGCGCGCCCCCGCUCACAGACCAGCUGCGGGUCCUGCAGCAGGUCGUGAGCGCGUAGUGCGCGCUGCCGGCCCAACGUCAGCAGAGGCGGGAUCCAAACGCGCGGCGCGGGAGCGAGCGCGGAUCCCUCAGACGAGUGGAGGGGGCCGAGCGGAGCCAGAGCCGGGAGCGGGAGCCCCCGCCCAGGAGUUGCCAGAGUCCCCAGCCCAGGCAGAGAGUUCGGCAGCCCCGGGCUCGCCUCCUCCCCCCGCCAGCAUGAUGCCCAGCUUCCUGUCGGACGGCCGCCCGCUCAGCGCCGUGUCCUCGGUCGUCAACAAGUUCGGCCUCUUCGACUCCAAAGCCGAACCCGAGGAGGCGGCCCGGCGUCCGGUGUCCGCGCCCAAAGCCCAGCCCGCUCCCCGAGACCCCGGCACGGCCGAACCGCCGGUUUCAGCACCGCGGACAGCACCUAGCACCUUGUGCCCCGUGUGUGCGAGCACCGAGCUGCGGCUGCACGACCCCGGCGCAGCCAACUACGGCCGCUGCACCCAGUGCCAGCUCCUGGUGUGCAGUCAGUGCGGCUUCAACCCCAACCCGCACAUCAGCCAGGUCAAAGAAUGGCUGUGCCUGAACUGUCAGAUGCAAAGAGCCCUUGGCAUGGACAUAACCUCAGCACCUGCCUCCAAGCCACAGCAUGUGCCAUCCAAACAGGGGACUCCUGUCUCAGCUCCACAAGUGGCCAAACAGGGGCCAGCUCAGCCGACAGCACAGAAAGAUCCUACACAAAGACCUGAACAAGCGAAGCCAUUAUCGCAACCCGGAGCCAGGAAACAGCCACUGCUCACUAAGCAGAAAUCCAUAGCUGCCUCCCCACCACAGAAGCCCAAGCAACAGUCGCAUGAGCAGCAACCGCCACAGCAAGUGGUCCAGAAACCAAAACCAGUUAAACAGUCAUUGCAGGAAGUUUCCACUGCUCAGGCUCCAGAGACCCAGCAAGCUUCACCAGGUGCCCAGCAGAGAGGCUCCAAGCAGACCAGAACUGUGGACCAAACAACAGCUCACCAGCCUGCAGGGAAACAGAAAGAUUCAGAUCCGAAAAUACAGCCACAGCAGUUGAAGACGAAGGGAGGUUCUGCUCCAGAACCGGAGGUUGUCCAAAAAGAGCACAUUGUUGAAGCAAGCCAGGCACAGAAGCCAGCGCAAGUAGCCAAAGCUCCACAGGAAAAGCAGACUGUUGGGGCUGCUCCUGAACCCCUCAAACAGCCCCCUUUGAAAACAGAAUCAAAACCCACUCAACCAAAAGAAGAUCAAGGAAAACCAAGUCAGAGGCCACCAGCUGCAAAGCCAGUUUCUUCACAAGCUCCACCAGAGACUCAAAGGACUCAGAAACCUCCAGAGCAGUCAAGGCGUUUCAGCCUGAACUUGGGGGGCUCAGUCCAACCACCACCGUUCCAGCCAACAACUCCUCAAGAAAGUGUUACUGGAAGACUCUUUGGUUUUGGGGCAUCCCUCUUCAGCCAAGCCUCCACUUUGAUAUCAGCAGCACCACCGCCACCGGAACAGCAUAAGCCUGGUCCCAAGCAGCAGCCUGCACCACCAGCCCCUGCUGCUAGCAGCACAGCACAGAAAAGUCUUAAACCAGACACCGGUAAAAGAGAAAUAAAACCUCAGGCAGCAGAAAAGUCAGAGCAGAAGGCAACUGUGACAGCUCAAGGCGCCAAGGAGACUGGACCUGCGAAGAAGGAUGCAACAGUAAAGCAAACUACUGAAGUGUCUGCCAAGGGACUCAAAGCAAUGGAGCCUAAAAUGGGCACACCAUAUGAGAGUACUUGCCCUCUUUGUAAAACUGUCUUGAACAUUGGUUCCAGCACUGCUCCCAACUACAAUACAUGCACAGAAUGCAAGGCGAUUGUGUGCAACCUGUGUGGAUUUAAUCCAAUGCCACAUCUAACAGAGGUUGAGGAGUGGCUGUGCUUAACCUGUCAGACUCAACGCGCUCUCAGUGGACAGCUUGGGGAUCCUGGAAAAAUGCCACCACUUCUUCCAAUGCCAUCAAAAGCACCAGUCAAACAGUCAUCUCCUGGUCCUCCUCCAUCCAAGCACCCACCUUCUCAGAAAAUUCCACCUCCAGUCAGUUCGUCACCUUCCAAAUCCAUCACAGAGCAGGCCGUGGUCCCGCGGUCAAAAGAGAUGGAGCAAGAAAAGGCAAAAGCUGCCCAAGUGGCAAAGACGAAAGAAGCAGCAUCAACAGCUCCGGCCAAACCAGCAGAAAUGUCACUUACAGUCAAACGAGAUGCCGCUCUGAGGGAGGAGUUACAAGCCCCAAAACCAGGCGCUGCACAGCAGACUCCAUCCGCCGAGGAGAAGCGGCUUCAGUCUAUUCCUGAGCAAAAAGCAGCCGCUGAGAAACAGCAGGCAGGAGCACCCGAACCAGAGCACGCAAAGACCGCUGCUGGAAAGGAAGCAGCAGAAGUAAAGGAUAUGAAAGCUGAGGAAGCCUUGUCUGUAACAGGCCCCGUAGAACCACGCUCUGACACCACGAAGGAGCAGACUGAACAAAUGAGAAAACCUGAGCAUGUGGAGAAAGUAAAAGUAACAGCAGAGAAAGAGGAAGAUAAGUCAGAUUCAUCCGCAGUUCUUCAGCAGAGGAGUCCGCAGGGUUUGAGUGAUACAGGCUAUUCAUCAGAUGGUAUAUCAAGCUCACUGGGUGAAACCACAACCACUCUUCCAAGUGAAGAUAAAGACUUGCUGAAAGAGCCAGUGAAGAAAGAUUCCGUUUCUCAGGAAAGUUGUCCUUCAAGUCCAUCCGACCUUGCCAAGUUGGAAAGCACUGUACUUUCAAUCUUAGAAGCUCAGACAAACACACAAAACAAUGAGAAGCCAGGUCAGUACAAAGAUCCUUAUGGACUUUAUACUGACCAAGAAAGGGAACGACACAGGCCAAGGACCUUGCCAAUUACCCCUGAAUCUUACAGCUCAGAUGAAGAGGAUCUAGAAGAUAUUCAGGAAGAAGAUGAAGACGCUCUGGAGGAUGAGAAUCAUGGGGAAACAUUGCGUACAACAGAGACAAAAGAACUCGGUGGAUCUCAGGAUGAUGCAGCAGUGAGAAGACAGAGGUAUGAUUCUCUGGAAGACAGUAGUGAGAGUGAACACUCACCCCGUCCUCACCGACAGAGAACAAUCAGCAUUGGAUCAUCAAGCAGUGACAGCCAUGGGUCUGGUGAUGAAGAGGAAUUUAUUAGAAAACAGAUUAUUGAGAUGAGUGCAGAAGAAGAUGAAUCGGGAUCUGAUGAGGAUGAAUUCAUCAGGGGUCAGCUGAAAGAGAUUAGUACAAAGGAGCACCCUGAGAGCAAAGGAACAGCAGUUAAGCAUAGACGCCUUUCAAAGAAAAGCAGCACAAGUCACGAUGAUGAUCCAGGGAGACGGCACUCAUGGCAUGAUGAUGAUGAUGAUGAAAUAUUUGCAGAGAGCCCUGAUGCAAAAUGCAGAGAAACUAAAAGCCAAGACAAUGAUGAGUUGUCUGUCUCUGCUGGUGGAGGGCUCAGACGUUUUAAAACUAUUGAUUUGAACAGUUCAAUGGCAAACAGAUAUACAGAAGAUUCUGAGAACAAAAGGGAUGCAUUGUAUUACGAUGAAGAACCAGAGCUGGAGAUGGAAAGCUUGACUGAUUCACCAGAAGAUAGAUCUAGAGGAGAAGGUUCAUCCAGCUUGCAUGCAACUUCCAGCUUCACCCCUGGAACUUCGCCCACAUCUGUGUCAUCAUUAGAUGAAGAUAGUGACAGUAGCCCAAGUCACAAGAAGGUGCUUGGAGAGAGUAAACAGCAACGGAAGGCUAGACACAGAACACACGGUCCUUUGUUGCCAACCAUUGAAGAUUCUUCUGAGGAAGAAGAACUGCGGGAGGAGGAAGAACUUCUGCGAGAGCAGGAGAGACAACGAGAAUUGGAACAGCAGCAAAGAAAGAGUUCAUCAAAGAAAUCAAAGAAAGAUAAAGAUGAGCUGAGAGCUCAGAGAAGGCGCGAGCAUCCAAAAACACCUCCCAGCAAUCUCUCGCCGAUUGAAGAUGCCUCACCUACAGAAGAGCUACGACAAGCUGCAGAAAUGGAGGAAUUACAUCGGUCUUCGUGUUCUGAGUAUUCACCAAGCAACGAGUCUGAGUCUGAAGGGUUUGAAAUAAGUCCAGAAAAAAUCUUAGAGGUCCAGAAAGUUUACAAACUACCUACAUCUGUUUUGUUAUAUUCUCCAACAGAUGACAAAAGCAGCAAUGUUAUGGGAGAUGCCUUGAGUCCAAAGUCUUUGAGGACUGCAGAAGAGGCAUAUGAAGAAAUGAUGCAGAAAGCAAAAUUACUUCAGAAUCAGAAAGGACCUGAUGAAGCAUUUGAAAAGGAGCCUUUAUAUGGAGGGAUGUUAAUUGAAGAUUAUAUAUAUGAAUCUUUAGUAGAAGAUACUUAUAAUGGAACUGCAGAUAACCGUUUCUUAAAUAUAGGGCAAGAGACGGGUACUGGAUUGUUCCAAGAAGCUGAGAAGAAAUUAAGAAGUCCAGAUGAAAUUUAUGAAGAAAUAAUGAGAAAAUCACCCACUUACAGUGACACCAAGCAGUACGGUUACACUCAACCCUCAGACACGAGCUUUCAGAAACAGCAGCUGGCUUCUACUGUACAAGCCAGUGGACAAGCAAAUUUUACACUUUCAUCAGGGGCCUUUGAACCUUCCACAAACUUUGACAAGCAAUUAUUAGAUGCUGACUCUGCAUACGAAGAACUCAUGAAGCGACAAAGGGCACUCUUAACCCCUGGAACCAGCCCAACCCAGCCAAGUUCUCCUGAGUCCCCUGAAUCAGUUGUUACUCAUGGCUCUGUGGUAACAUUGCCGCCUGGUUCCACCAGGCUACAUGAUGGACGGGCAGUCUCAAUGCCACGUCCGGAUUCAGAGGCCAGCCAAACUGCGAUGGCAGCUGGCGUGAUGCAUUCUAUCCCAGAUGUUAAAAUUACACAGCACUUUACAACAGAGGAGGACAUUGAGCCAGAGUACGCAGAACAGUAUAGUGUCAAAGGGCAUGGUACUCCAGAGACUGUGAAACAUGGCAAAUCAGAGGCUACAACCAGCCCCAUGGCACCAACAUCUACACCUUCUUGCACAAUUCCUUCAACUGCUCCCACAACAGGAACACCUCCAGUUUGUUACACUCUGGCAAAAGACUCAGUUGCAGCUGGUAAAUCCACAAGUGUAGCUCCCACAUCUACUGUCAAAGUUACAUCUCUAGAAACCCAGAAAAUAGUCGAAAAGCGGAAAACAGAGACCGUUUAUUUCUAUCAGAGUUUGGCACAAGGUGUUAUAUCAACAGUGGCCCGUGAGCUGUCCACUGAGGUGGCACAGGUCCCUGUGGUGUACAAUACUGUACCAAGCACUGGUGCAUUGAGUGUCUCUAUAUCCAUACCUCCUGACAGCAAAUAUUCAGAACAAGCACACCUUCAAGAAAGCAAGAGGAUCCUAGAUCACGCAGGCCCAUUCCUCACCGAUGUGAUUGACCUUCGCACUUUGUCAUCUCUGGAUUCUGCAAUGACAGGUAAUGGGAUGGAUUUAUCCAUGGUCCCUGUGGAUGGGAGAAGGCAGGAUGUGAUGGUUGACGCUGGCAGUGUGCGGCAGGGCAGUGUGGUUCAGCCUACCAUUGUGAAUCUCAGUACAACCGGACCCGUGGAACAAAUGCCGCUCUCUAUGCAGGCUGUGCCUGCAGCGAGUGUGGCCGUGGUUUCUUGCAGCGCAGGUACAACGGAUACCGCAGACCUUCUGAGUGGACCUGUGGAUCUGGGGCAUGCCGUGUCAUUGCCACUUCAGUUAACGGCCAAGUUCGAUGGUGCGGCAAUCACUCAUGCUCAGGGAGCCGGAACAAGCACAGCAGAAAUUCCAAUCAACCUAACAUGUGGCACCACUACAUUGGUGGAAGGGUGGCCUGUUUCAAAGUCCUCUACUAUAGCUCCCACUGGGACAACAAAUGGAUGGAUAGAUGUCGAACCUGCAGAGGUUGCCGCGGUUGACCUAAGCACCACGAAGCCUCAUCGAAUGAUGGUGGCACUUGAUGAUCUAACAUCUGGAGUUGUUACUGCAGUUGUCGAGGAGGAAGACAAGCCUGUUGAUCUGACGGCAGGGAGACAGAAUGUUUGCUGUGAUGUGGUUUAUAAGUUUCCAUUUGGUCGCAGUUGUUCCUCGUUAGCGCAGGAGCCUGCUUCUGCACUACCGGAAGAUCGUUAUGGGUACAGGGAUGACCACUAUCUUUAUGAUCGUAAUGGCCCACAUGGUUACCGAGGAUUUGGGAGCAUGAAGCCUUCUAUGUCUGAUACGAACCUGGCAGAGGCUGGUGUGUUUCUGUAUAAGAGCAAACACGGCUUUGACAGCAUGGGUGUAGCAGAUAGGGCAGUUGACCUAACAGCAGGAAAACUGACAGCAGGUGAAUUAAUGGACUAUUCUGCAGUUUGUACUCAGCCUCAAGACCACCUCAGCAAGGGAGCACUGAGCUAUCCAGAGACGAGACAAGCUGGGCUGCCACAGUAUUCUCAAGCAAGAAUAAUACCAACUAUAGGGAGCCACUAUGGCAUGCCAAGUGUGUUACGAUCUUCUGGUGGUGUUGUUUAUUCUUCUGUGGCAACACCAAUUCCAUCUACGUUUGCAAUUACCACCCAGCCAGGUUCAAUAUUCAGCCACUCGCUUAGUCUCCACACCAGCGGAACUGCCCCAUCAGCUUCAGGUCUACCCCAGAGCCAGUCAGCUAUUGGCCUUCCCCUAGGUUUAGAAUCGUCAACCUUCCAACCUGUUGGCACAGAACCACUGCAGAGUGGAUCCCAUGUAACGACUGUAGCCACGUAUCCAGGCUCUUCAUCUGCAGGUAUCUUCAUGCCGCCUGAAGCCGACUCAGCAGCAGUUCCCAGGCUGUCACCCGUCGCUUCCCCUGCAUCCGAAGAGAACAAGCACCUGCUGAUGGAGAGAGAGAUGCUUGAGUUUGAGAAGAUGAAGCAGCUCCGAUUAGCUGAAGAGCUUGAGCGAGAGCGCCACGAGAUCCAGAUCUUCCGGGAGCAGGAGAAGCUGAUCGUUCAGCGGGAGCUGCAGGAGCUGCAGACAAUGAAGCAGCAGCUCCUGUACCAGCAGGAGGAGGAACGCCAAGCUCAGUUCAUGAUGCAACAGGAAACCAUAGCCCAGCAGCAGAUGCAGCUCGAGCAAAUACAACAGCUGCAGCAGCAACUGCAGCAACACCUCGAGGAACAGAAGUUCCGACAGAUAUAUCAUUACAGCUACGAUCCCUCCAGUGUGGUCCCACCCCAGACGUCUGCAGACCAGGCUGUCAGAGAAUCCCAAUACACUACAGCAGACAAUGGCCAGUUCUGGCAUGCUCAAGAUCCUAGUACCUCGGUUUCAGCCAUGAUGGGAAAUGAGGUACCACAGACAGAAUCAUGGUACGCUGUUCAGUCCGACGGGCUUCCCCAGCACGUGCCUCGGCCCUGUCUGCCAGGCUCUGUAUCAGAAAUGUCUUUAAAAGAUGUGGAUGUUAGGGAAGGGAGGCCGCUGAAAAAGAGAAGCUCCAUGCCAAGGCUGCGAGCUCAGUGUGCGGAGCAUCUGGACGAAGGCAUGGAAGAAUCCAGUCUGUACAGGAAGAUAGUUGACAGCGGAGUCCAAACCGAUGAUGAAGAAGGAACAGAAAGACCCUACUCCAGUAGAAGAAGAAGAUCUAAAAAGAGUGUGGAUUCCAGUGUCCAGACAGAUGACGAAGAUAAUCAGGAGGACUGGGAUAUUCCCACUAGAAGGCGGAAGUCCCGUGUGACAAGGUAUGCUGAUGGUGGGCAAGAGCUGGACAAGGCAAAGCACCUGCAUUUUGCAAAGCUUUCCAAUAUUGCAGUGCAGACUGUAGCUGAGAUAUCUGUGCAAACAGAACCUGUGGGAAUAAUAAGGACACCUUCAGUAAGGGCUCGAAUUGAAUCUAAGAUAGAAAUAGUGAAGCACAUUUCAGCUCCAGAGAAGACUUACAAAGGUGAAAGUUUAGGUUGCCAGACUGAGGCAGACUCGGAUGAGCAAAGCCCCCCAUACUUAAGCAGCAAGUCACUCACUACAGCAUCCCCACAGAAAUCUGACAAAAAACGACCAACACCAUUAGAGAUUGGAUAUUCAACUCACCUUCGAGCAGACUCAACAUUUCAAGUUGUUCCCACUCCGCCUAAAUCACCCAAGGUAUUGUACUCACCAGUCUCACCAAUGUCCCCAAACAAAGAAAUGGACACACUUUUUGAGCCCUACGAGAAAUCCUCUUCUGUGGACAUCAUCUCACAGAAACUAGCAGCUCCAGAACUGCCUAAGAGUCAGCCACUAAGUCCUAGGACCAUCAAGGUGAUGCAGCGGUCCAUGUCUGACCCCAAACCAUUGAGUCCUACAGCCGAAGAAACCUCCAGAUUACAGUUCCAAUACAGCGACAAUUAUAUGACCAAAAGUUCUCAGAAUAUCUCUACAGUGGGUACGCAGAAAAAAGUGAAGCGGACUCUUCCCAACCCUCCUCCAGAGGAGGCUGGUGCCCCUGGGAGCCAGGUGACGUUCUCCAGUGCAGGCUCUGUCUCCCGCAGGCGAGUCUGCAGGACAAACACCAUGGCCAGAGCUAAAAUCCUCCAGGACAUUGACAGGGAAUUGGAGCUCGUGGAGAGAGAGUCCUCGAAACUCCGGAAGAAACAGGCAGAGCUGGAUGAAGAAGAGAAAGAAAUUGAUGCCAAGUUGCGAUAUUUAGAAAUGGGCAUCAAUCGAAGAAAAGAAGCUUUACUGAAGGAGCGUGAGAAGAGGGAGCGAGCAUAUUUGCAGGGUGUGGCUGAGGAACGAGAUUACAUGUCAGACAGUGAAGUGAGCAACAUCAGGGAUACCAGACUGGAUGGACAACGUGGAUUAGAAAGGCCUCGAACAGCACCACAGUCUGAUUAUGACCAGUUUCUUUCCUCUCAAACCCAGUCUCAAACUCAGUAUGCGACCACUCCCAGCCGUUAUACGCAGUACCAGUACUCCACUCCAGCAACAACACAAGCCCAAACACAGUACCAACAGCAGGCAUUAUACCAUCAACCAGUCUCUCCCUAUCAAACACAGCCUACAUAUCAAGCAGUGCCCACCAUUACCUACCAACAACAGCAGUCUCCUGCUCCCCAAAGCCAGUCCACAGCCUACCCGCAUUCAUCACAAGCGAUGUUGAUUCAGCAGAAGCCCAGGCAGAGCACACUUGCUGAUCUUGAACCAAAAAUUACCACACACUAUGAGGUGAUCCACAAUCAGCCCAUUCUGUUGGCCUCCACUUCUACAGACACGACAUAUGCAGUUCCUCACCUAAGCAGUUUAGACCAUAGGCUAGGCUUGGACGAAAGAGGGGCAAUGGCAAGUAGUCCAAUGUCAAACAUUUCUGCAGAUUCCUACUAUACAGACCUGGACCCCCAUGCAUCCAGGAACUAUGUGCUGCUCGAUGAUAUUGGCGAACUCACUAAAGGGUCUAGUUCCCUUACCGCUGGUUUUAAUCUUCACCAUUUACAGAAGGAAAUACAAAAGAGUGAGCGACUUCUCCAUGCCAGCGAAGCACGCAGAGCUGGAGAUGUGAAGGACUUCAUUGGAACACUGCAGGCGUCCAGCCGGUUACACUCCUACGGGAAGGCGGAAGAGGACUCCAUGGAGGAUCCUUAUGAGCUGAAGCUUCUGAAGCAACAAAUAAAACAGGAGUUUCGCAGAGGUACGGAAGGUUUAGAACAUCUUUCCGGCCUCCCUCACUAUUACCAUGGAGACAGCAGCUACAGGCACUUUGCGAAAUCUGAGAAGUACAGCAUUAGCAGGCUAACUCUGGAAAAACAGGCCGCGAAGCAACUGCCCCCCUCCUUCAUUUACCAAAAGCAGAGCAAGCACAAAAAACAGCUGCUGGACCCCAAGAUUUCCAAGUUUUUGCCAAUUCAGGAAGCUCGCGACGUAGAGGCAGAAUACGCCAGCUAUAUGGGCAGUAUGCCGUCAGCAGCUGGGGUUGGCUCCAGGGCAAGACUUUUGCAGGACGACAUUACAUUUGGACUGAGAAAAAAUAUUCGCGACCAGCAGAAGUUUCUGGGAGCAGCCAUUAGGUCGACCCUAGAUGAUGACAUUGACAAAGCUUACACAAGUGGCACAAGGUCCAGGCCCUCAUCUGUCUAUGGACUUGAUCUGUCAAUUAAAAGAGAUUCUUCCAGCACAUCGCUACGGAUAAAAAGUCAGGAAAGUGAUCCAUUAGAUAUGGCCUAUGUACAUAGUACUCCAACUGGACGAACUAAGCCGUCGAGUUUGCCCAUCAGCCACAGUAGGGGUAGAAUUCCCAUUGUGGCCCAGAACUCAGAGGAGGAAAGCCCUCUCAGCCCAGUUGGACAGCCCAUGGGGAUGGCUCGGGCAGCAGCAGGACCACUGCCGCCAAUAUCGGCCGACACCAGGGAGCAGUUUGGCUCAAGCCACUCACUGCCUGAAGUGCAGCAGCAUAUGAGGGAGGAGUCACGGACCCGUGGAUACGACCGCGAUAUCGCCUUCAUCAUGGAUGACUUCCAACAUGCCAUGUCAGACAGUGAAGCAUACCAUCUUCGUCGGGAAGAAACAGAUUGGUUUGACAAACCACGUGAAUCUCGCCUUGAAGAUGUACCUGCCGUAAAUCGCAAAGUUCCAGAGAAAUUAUCCCAUUCCAGACAAUCUCAACCACAGACAACAGAAGUUAGUGGGAAGCCUGUUCUGUUCAACUUUCCCCACUCCCGGGUCAAAGUUCAAAGGGAUGUAAAAGACCAGACGAUCUCAGGAAAUGGAUUAGGAAUCAAGAUUAUUGGUGGAAAAGAAAUUCCAGGAAGGAAUGGAGAAAUUGGUGCCUACAUUGCUAAGGUCACUCCUGGGGGUGCUGCAGAGCAAACAGGCAAACUCACAGAAGGAAUGCAAGUUCUUGAGUGGAAUGGAAUUCCUUUGACUGGUAAAACCUAUGAGGAAGUGCAAUGCGUCAUUGGUGUCCCAGUUCGGGAAGCUGAAAUAUGUGUAAGACUGGACCUCAAUAUGCUCUCCGAUUCAGAGAAGUUCCAACAUCUGGACUUGAAGGACCGAACAAAGGCAGGAGAAAAGCAAAGGUCACCAGGAGUUGACCCGAAGCAGCUGGCAGCAGAACUACAGAAGGUGUCUCAGCAGGCACCUUGUGUCGUGAGUUCAGCCUCAGAGAAAGGAGUCCACAGCCAUUCAGGAACCACGUCUGCUGCUUCGAGUGCUGCUCCGAGUCCUGGGCAACCCGCUUCCCCUUCAGUAAGCAAAAAGCGACACAGCAGCAAGCCUCCAGAAACAGCAAGCAAGUCACAUCCAAUUACUGGAGAAAUUCAGUUACAAAUGAACUAUGACAAGCAAGUUGGAAAUCUCAUUGUUCAUGUUCUACAAGCCAGGGAUCUUGCUCCGAGAGACAACAAUGGUUAUUCUGAUCCAUUUGUUAAGGUUUAUCUUCUUCCAGGCAGAGGUGUAGAGAACAAGCGCAGAACUAAGCACGUACAGAAAAGCCUCAACCCGGAAUGGAACCAAACUGUGAUUUACAAAAACAUCUCAAUGGAGCAGCUUAAAAAGAAGACACUGGAAGUUACUGUUUGGGAUUAUGAUCGAAUAUCCUCCAAUGACUUUCUUGGUGAAGUGCUGAUUGAUUUGUCUAAUGCCUCACAUUUUGAUAAUACUUUGCGAUGGUAUCCGCUGAAGGAACAAACUGAGAGUAUUGACCAAGUUAGGCCACAUUCUGGACAGAGCAGCCAGCAACAACCAAAAUCUUCAGUAAUUAAGAGUCGCAGCCAUGGCAUCUUCCCAGAUCCAUCAAAGGAGAUGCACGUGCCCACCAUUGAGAAAUCUCAGAGUAGUCCUGCCAGCUCAAAAUCAUCAUCAGAAGGACAUUUGCGUUCUCACGGACCAUCGCGAAGUCAGAGCAAAAGUAGCGUCACUCAGACCCACCUAGAAGAUGCUGGAGCCGCCAUUGCUGCCGCAGAAGCAGCUGUGCAGCAGCUCCGAGUGCAGCCAACAAAGUCUACUAAUCACAGACCCACCGAGUCUUCCAUUUCCACUGCCUCAUCUGUUAGCAGUACUGGAAGUGGCUACAAUGUAGACAGUGAAGGCAGCACAACAGGAGGGGAAGGCAGCGUCUUCACUGACACUCAAGUGAGUAAAGUGAGCCAGGACACUGAAAUCAUUGUGAAAGAUGAAAAGCACAAAGCAUCUGACCAGUUUUCACAACAAGGCCGUGGCCCAGCAGAAACCAAUGGUAAAACUCAAGUAAUGGGAGAGAUUAAAAUUGCUCUGAAGAAGGAGAUGAAAACAGACGGAGAGCAGCUGUUAGUGGAGAUACUUCAAUGCAGAAACAUUACCUAUAAGUUUAAGUCACCUGAUCAUUUACCAGACCUGUACGUGAAAUUAUAUGUCAUAAACAUUUCAACACAAAAGCGAGUAUUUAAGAAGAAAACUCGUGUCUGCAGGCAUGACCGGGAGCCUUCAUUCAAUGAAACAUUUCGUUUUAGUCUUAGUCCAGCUGGACACUCACUUCAGAUUUUACUUGUCUCUAAUGGUGGGAAGUUCAUGAGGAAGACACUGAUUGGUGAGGCAUAUAUCUGGCUUGACAAAGUGGAUCUGAGGAAGAGAGUUGUUAACUGGCACAAACUGCUUGUCAGCUCAACCGAGAGUCAACGAGGAACGACAUCUGGGUUUAACGUGCAAAACUGACCUGCUCACCAAACAGAUUGCUGAAGUACAGCCCUUUGACCUGAAUUGUUGUGCACUUUGGAAGUCCUAAAAGAGCAAAGAGAUUGUGUCCCAGUUUAUUUAUGCUGUGACCAUCAUGACUCCCCAAAGUCAAGUUUAGUCCUGUCUUAGAUGGUUCAAAGUGACAGCACUUACAAGUAAGAGACCAGGUUACAAAAUACAUAACACCUUUAAAAUGCAAAAAUAUACAGACAAGAAAAUGCUGAAAGAACCAACGCAUAGAGUGAGCAGGUAUUGAUGUAUAGAAUCCAUUCCAGGCAAAGGAAGUACUGGAACAGAUCUAUGUAUAAAGGCGAGGAUUGUGAAGAUCAGCCUCAACAGGCACAGAAAAUUAAUAUAACCAUGCCACCUACUGUGCAAAAACUCCCUUUUACACUGACAAUAUCACUGUUGUCCUGAUGUCCAGUCUCAAACUUGCAGUAUUUUUGAUAGUGUAAUAAAAUUUCUAUUGUUCCAAAAAUUAUCUCUGAAAUUGAAGUAUUCAGGUUUUUGUUACCUUUCGAUAAUAUGGUUGUUGAUGGAGCAAGGUAAUGGCUGUAUGAUUCAGAGUUUAUACAUAGGACAUAUCCUGAAAUUUCAAAGCCUCGUUCUGUUGGGGUUGAAUGUGGUCUUGAAGUGCUGAACACUGGUCUUUUAGUGGAUUACUGUAAUUCUCUGACAUACUCAGGUGAAGGACUGUAGAUAUGAAUCACAAGCAAAAAAAAAAAUUAAAUAGGAACUGGUAUAUGAUUAAAAAGAAGACUGGAUGGUUUUAACUUAAGUUUUCAGUAUAAUUGCUUAAUGGGAACUUUGAGGUAAUCACACAACAUUCUUAAUUUUGAUAUUUUCUACGUAGUUUGUGAAAUUCUCCUAACUUUUUUUCAUCAAGAUUUUAAGCCUUUAUUUCAACAUUUUAAUGGUAAAUCUGCUAACUUUGCUAAACUUAUAAAAGCAUGGGGUGUUUUGAGAAGAGUGAUUAAGUGCCUGGCCUUAUAAUUCUGAGACAUUCAUAUAGAGUGUAAGCCUGCCACGACAAGGCCAGAUCUGGCCUGGAAGAUGCAGAAAGAUCUUUAAUCCUAAACAGUUAGCAACACCGUUUUCACAAUAUUCUUUUACUCGAUUAUUUUUAACCCUGAUUUGCUGUUGGUUCCUUACUGGUUGUAGACUUGGCACAAUUCAACUAGUUGUACAGAUUUUAAAAUGUUUAACAUUUAAUUGAAUUCCAUUAUUGCUGCAUUUCAUAUACAUAUUUUCAAUUAUGUAAAUAUAUUGAGUGUGUAGGGGUGGAGAGUAAAGAGUCAAUCUUGAAGGCUAAUUGUGCAUUAUGAAGUUUAAAAUAUGCUUCCAAAGUCUGUAUAGUCUGUUCUACAUAUAAAUGCAUAUAGAUAUAAAUAUAUAUCUAUCUAUAUAUUAAAAUGAGAUUUACUAAGUGUGAUUGGAGGCCCUCUAUGCAACAUGGACUCUACAAAUUUUGGAUGCAACAAUUAAACAAAAAAAUGAAGGGAGUUUGCAACUAAACACGAGUAAAAGCACAUUGUAAAUGUUUUCUUACAUUGCACUCUAAUACAGUUACAUGCAGCAUUUACAUUAAAGUUGUGCUGAUAUUACACAUAACGCUCACUGUAAAAAAAAAGUGGAUCAUCAAUUAACCAGUUACUGGCAAAUAUUGUACAGCACCAAAUUUUCCUCAAAAGUGGUCAUUCCUUUUGCUUGCUUACACAGGCUUUAUGUCAAAGUAAAACUAAAUACUGCAGCAGUAAAAAGCAGAUAAUAUUCUCCAACUUGUCACUGCCUGGCUUUAACAUUCCUCAGCAGCCUUUGUUAUAUCUGUAAGAGAUAAUGAAAAUGACAUUGUGUCAUGGGUAACAUUUUAUUGCUGGUACUUUUUACACCUGACUCCAUAAUAUAUUCCCUGUGAUUUAUUUUGCUUGCUAAAAGUUUUCAAUCCUUUAUAAAAUAUUGAGAAAAUUGACGGCAAUUUCAUAGCAUGUGUUAUGUCAUAAAUGGCUAAUCACAGUAAUGACACCCAUUGUGAAUGGCAGCUGUCUUUAUUUCUAGGUGUAAACACAUGAGAUUAUACUUCCUUUCAAAGGAUUCCUUUAUUUCAAAAUGAGAAACCAAACGAUGAAAAUAUAAGAUUAACAGCAUGGUUACAUUCCAAGUUUUGAUGCAAGUUGGAGGAAGAUGGAGAUUGAUUUAAAUAUAACUUUGUUCACCUUUACUUAAAGAUGCUGGUCUGAUACAAGAAACUGGAAUGUGUGUUUACUAUCCUCUUGUUUUUUUUUUGAUUUUUGAAAAUAGUUUUCAAUUUUAUUACAUUAAAGACAAGAAUCUAUCUUGAAAGAAUUAUUAGUGAUGUCAGUAAGAAAACUGUAGAGACUGUAAUUAAAUACCUUGAAAUAGAGCCUAUGUAGACCAGCAGAAAAGGCACUGUUUCUUUCAUUCCAUAUAGUUGUAUUAAUGCUAUUUGAUGUCUGUUUCAGUGAACACUAUAUCUUUGAACUUUCCCUGAUGGGUGAGUGUCUUAGUUGUCUAAGUAUGAAUAAAAUGUUUGUCUGGUGCAGAUAAAGUGUUCCCUUUGUACCAUGUAAAUAUAACUUCUUUUCUACUGCAGAUUUUGAACAGUUUUAUUUGUCUGACAUUCAGCAUGUGAAUGUGAAAUGUUCGUUGUUUAGAAAAACCUUUUUUAAAAAAAGACCAAAAAAAUUGAACAAUCCACAAAAAAGCUGUUCUGUGUAACUGUUCCAGGUGUGGGGUGAAGUGCUGAAGUACUUGGUGAUGGCUGAAUUGCAGAUGUGCUGUCAACCUUUCAGUACUUGUACACCAAGCCCAUUGCUUCCUUUCUGAAAAUAAAUCACUUUUGUCCUUGAUUUCCGACAAGUGUUGCAAAAUUUCUGUUACAUUGGUAGAUGUCGCAUGUUUUAUGGUUUGUUCUUGUUACUUUUUGUUGCUUCUAGAUUCUCUACAAAGUAAAAUCAAUAUGGAGGAUGUAUAAACAGAGAAAAUUAUACCACGUAAUCCCGGUAUAAAUAAUGCUUGUAAAUCACAUUCUAUGUAAAGAUCACAGUGUGCUGAUUGUGUGGUUGUACACAGAGUGUUUCUAGGGACACUGGAUGCAAACUGUGGUAUAUAAAGGCUGUUACCCUAUCCUUGCUAAUAAACAUUGGAAAUAAAUAAGUGUCAGCCCCUGCUCUGUUACCUGAGAGUUUUUCAUGAACUGUGUUCAUUUUUAAAAUAGUUUUUAUGGUCAGCACUUACAAAAGUGCAA